ACAACUACCGUGUAGUCUAGGUCACUGUUCUUAUUUUUAUCAGUUUCGAUUGUAUGGCGCUACCUAAUUUCACCUUCUGUUCGCGGAUUCAAGUGGGCUAGUAAUAAAAUUAGACCUUCAAGUGGAGCACAGCGGGAUCACUAUCGGUGAUUAUAAGUUGUACGUUUUCACCCACCUGGAAUCAUUUGUAAUAGUACCUAGUUGGACGAAGGAACUAGCAUCGAUUUUUUACGCCUUCCAUUCAAGAGUACGGUUCUCAAUGGAUUACAUGUGGUUGAUACUUUUCUGCUCUUUUACCACGUCGGUAACAAGUAAUAGUUUCGGAGCGGCGAUAAAUGGGGAUAACGAGGAUGGGUCAUGGACUAGGAUAGUUGGUGGGGAGGAAGCAAAAGAAGGAGCAGCUCCUUUCCAAGUGUCGUUACAAACCACUUUCGGACAUAACUGUGGAGGAGCUAUUAUUGCUGAGCAAUGGAUCCUUACUGCUGCACACUGUAUAGCCAAUCGCAAACCUUCGGAUCUGAGGGUACUAGUUGGAACGAACGAUCUGAAAGACGGUGGUGAAACCUUUGAAGUAGACUUUCUCGUUCACCACAGCCGGUACAAUAAGCCAUCGUACCACAACGACAUCGGACUCGUGCGAGUGGCAUCUCAACUGAAUUUCAGUGAUCGUAUAAAACCCAUAGAAUAUUCGGAGAAGUACGUUCCAGAUAACGCCACCAUCACACUGACCGGAUGGGGGCGGCUUUCCGUUGGCGGAAGUGCCCCGGCAAAGUUGCAAACAAUACAGCUGCUAAAUGUAGAACAUGAGCGCUGCAAAGCUCUACAUGACAAUGAUCCCAACGUAGACAUUGGUCAUCUCUGCACGUUCACCAAACAAGGCGAGGGCGCGUGCAAUGGUGACUCUGGUGGUCCACUGACUUGGGAAGGAAAGUUGGUGGCUCUCGUCAACUGGGGCAUUCCCUGUGGACGUGGUUAUCCAGAUGCACAUGCCAGAGUUUCUUACUACCACGACUGGAUUCGAACGAAUAUAGCAAACAACAGCGACUGAGAUUUAUAAGUACAUAACUCGAUAAUAAAUAACAGAGUAAUUUAUUUUUCUAAA